AUGCCCCUUCUGCGCAAACGAGCUGUCGAGUACGACAUCCCUGAUGCACAUACCCACUUCCAAGAUAAUGAAGAGGUGUUCUUGAUCCGGAGCACUGGCGAGGUCGUGAGGGAGUAUGAGACAUACAUCAGCAAGGUCAACCUCUACAGGCAGCGCAUCUGGACUGCGGCACACACAGGCCAGGGCAAGCUCACGUGGGCCGAGGCAAAGGAGGAAGAGGAGGAGGCCCGAGCAGCCCUCGCCAAGAUUCCCGAGGAUGUUCAAGGCAAAUUCGCGGAGCUCCUGCACCUCAGUCUAGGUUCCUUGGAGGAGGCAAUCUCUCGGUUGCACGACGGCUGCGGCCCCAGCCCCGCAGCAGAAGUGGCUGAGUCAGGGCCAGAUGGAACGGACGGCGGCACUCCCAAUGUUUCCUCAAAGAGAAAACCCAAGGCUCCCUACAGCAAAUCCCUGCUCCGCGCCUUCAUUGCAGAGAAUGCAGAGUCGGUGAAGGGCCCGGCCGGCAGGCCCCUCCUCUGGAGACUGAAGCCUGAGCUCAGCGACACGCUGGGCCUCUCCCAUGCCCUCCCAGAGGGCUAUGCAGCCGAGCUGCUCCCCCCUGCAGUCAAGUCCCCGGGCCAGGCGGCCGAUAAGGGCCCUGCCUCGACCUCCGGACUGCUAGCGCCGGGGUCGCUGGCUGCAUCGCCGUCCACAGCCCCCGCCAAGGAGUUCCUGACAGCAAAGACGCUGGAGGUUCUGACCAAGGACCCCAACUUUGUGCGGCUGGACAAGGGCAAGUACUCUCUGCAUGCCUUCCAUCCACAUCUGGUGGUUGCCAAACCUGUUCCAGGGGAGGGACGAGCUCUGAUCCAGACAAAGCUCACCCCAGGGCUGGAGCUCUCUGGGAAGCAGGGAAAUAUGGCCGAGUCCAAGGGUCUAGACUGUGACACCACCACCUGCAAGCCUGAGGGCGAGGGCAGGGUGUUGAAGCAGGCGCAACUGGCACUGAGCAGGCGGCGGGAUGACCUAGCAGCUGCCGAGAAGGAGCUGGGGCGCAGGCAGGCCGACCUGGCCGAGGUGAAGAAGGAGUAUCGCCGCAGUCCCGGGCGGCGAUCCUCCCAAUUUCAUGUGCCUGCAUCGGCGCUCGUGCGCUUUGAGAUCACCGAGCAGGAGCGGGAGUAUGCCGGGGACCCAGAUGACCGCAAGGCCAUGAUGGAGCACCGGCAGGUGCUUCAAGCGCGCGUGCGGGAGCUGGAAAGCGAGAAGCAGGCGUUCCUGAAGGAGGAGAGGGCCAAGCACGAAGCUGCACUGGAGGACGACAUGGCAGCCGUGCGUGCCAUGGAGGCGGCCGUCGCAGCGGCCGCUAGGGUCGUCGCCGCGACUCAAAAGGCGGUGACCUCUGCUGAGGCUGCUGUGAACCAGCUGCUGAAAAGGAGUGCAAAGUGUGAUCAGCGGACGGCUGCCCAGGACAUCAAGGCCAAGGAGAGGGAGCUGCGAGAGAAGCAGCGUGCCGCGGAGCGGGCGGAAAGGGAGCGUCAGAAGGCCCUGGCCAAACGCUAUCCCAUGGAGGACCUGCAACUCCUGGCCGAAAGCCAGGCGGAGGCUGCCGCCCAGGGGAAGCCUUGUCCUUCCUCCGACAUGGUCCAGCCCCCCUGGCUGGAUGCUGAGGAGAGCCAGCGGGUGACGACCCUGCUGUACAUCCUGGACACCCUGCAGCAGUUUGGAAAGAUUCUGGACGCGCUGCUGGCAGACCUGCGAGACACCGAUGCCCUGGGGCCCCAGGAAAAGCGCUGGACGGCGGUGCUUUCCUCCGCCACCUGGCCUGAAGUGCUGCGGCGCAUGGUACUGACGUGGCUGCAAGACCCCGACGCCCAUCCGCGCGUGGACGAGCAUGCUGCCAUGGCGGCCUCCAUGCUUUCUUUCGAGCCAAUCGUGGGCCUGGGCCCCGACCGCCACCUUGCCCUCCUCCGCUGGCUGACGGACGCGCUGCUGGAAACCCAGAAAGUCCGCUCGGCGAUACAGAAGAGGGAGGAGACGGCAGAGGACGUCAAGCGAGGAUUCAGGGACGAGAUGGCGGAGGAGCGCCGACACCUUAAGGACCUUCUGGAAGCCGAGAAGGAAGCUAAGAAGAAGAGGAGGGAGGAGGCUGGCCCCGACACGGAGGGCCAGACGCAGGGGGCCGGUGACACCAAAGACGCCGAUGCAGGGGGUGCCGCGCCCUCCCUCGAGCUCCCGCCCGAGCUGCAGGAGUACAGCGGCGACCCCGACGACCGGAAGGCCAUGCUCCUGUUCCGCCAGGCACAGCAGACCGAGCGCCGGAGGCUUGAGAAAGCGCGCGACAAGUGGCUGGGCGCGGAGCUGCGGCGCCAGCGGGAGCUCGAGAGCAGGCUGAAGGAGGAGAGGGAGGCGGAGCGGGCCGCUCAGCACGAGAUCGCUGCCGCCGAGGACGCCCUGGCAAGGUUGCAAGACUCCCAGGAGCAGCAGCUGGAGAGGCUGCAGCUGCGCAGGUCCCCCCUAGGCCUGGACCGGCACCAUCGCUCCUACUGGUACGGCCUGGCAGGCCUGCGCUCCUGCCUGAUGGUGCAGGAUGCAGAGGGCUGCUGGGGCUGCCUGACGGACCUCGACACCCUGCUCUCCGGCCUGGACGCGCGGGGCCUCCGGGAGGGCGGCCUGCUGGCCUGCCUGCAGAAGCAGGCCGCCGCGGAGGCCGCCGAUCCCAAGGCCGGCCUGGCAACCUUCGCCACCGGCCUCCGCCAGGUGGCGAGCGGCGAGGCCGGGGCCGUGCCCACGCUGGCCACGUUGCGUACCGGGAUCCAGGGCCGGCUGAGGGGCCUGGAGGCCGCGCUUUCCAGCGCUGCGGCCCUGCACCCCGUGGCCGACGGCGAGGGGUCGGCCUCCGAGUACAGCUCCGACUCAGGCGUCGAAUCGGAGGAGGAGGCGGAGCCGCUGGCCGGCAGGCCUGCCACACCCCUCCACCGCCGCAAGGGAAUCGCGCGGGUGAGGGAAGUGGUGGACGACCUGUUCUCGCCCACCAAGCAGGCGCGGGAGGUGACGUCUCGCCUCUGGCGCCGCGCCUCGGAGCGCGCCUCCUGGUCCAGCGACCUCGGGGGCAGCUUCACCGCGGCGCGCCUCGCCUACUGCACCGCGGUGCUGGCCCUCCAGGCCCAGCCGCUGCUGAAGCACCUGGAGGCUGACAAGGCGGGACAGGCUAAGCAGGCGGCCCCUGAGGCGGCCCGCCCCCUGCCUGGCCCCGCGCGCGGCUGCGAGGAGCCGGCUGCGGAGCCCAGCGCGCUCAGCGUGCAGCGAACGGAGGACUUCCUGGCAGACGACGGCGGCAGGGUGUGCCCGCGGGAUGCAAUUGACUCUUCUACGGGGUGCUGCCCCAAGGGACGGACCCAUGUCUGCGAUAGACCCGAGACGGGCAGAUGGGAGACGGUGUUCCAGGCCUGCCAGGCUGCUUGCAGGACCAGCUCGCACAGCACGCUGCACGAGAACGCCUUCAUCGCGCUCCGGAAGCACUGCUACUCCGACACAGGCCGCCCCAGGGUGGGAAACACGACCCUGGCGGGGGCGGGAUCUGGCUCGGAGCAGGGCUCAUCUCCCCGACUUGUGGCGGGUGGGGUGGGCCAGUCCUGUACACAGGCCUGCGCCGCCGGCCGGGGUGUGUGCGUGGGAGACGGCGGCCCGAUACCUGCCGCCCUGCGGGACUGCGACAUCCUGCGCGACCACUUUGGGUGUGAGGCUGGCUGCGCCGCGUCACCGUUGGGCGGCGACGUGCACCCAGCGUACAUCAAGCCCAAGGCCCCGACAUGGCAGCUGCCCACCAUGUGCAUCGCGCCGGCAGCCUCCAGCGCAGCCUUCAACUGCAGCGCCGCGUCGGCCGCGGUCCAGCGGCUGUGCCCCUGCAACGAUGCGGAGCCGCCGCUCCCAGACACUCAGCAUGCUGCGGGCGGCUCCAUUCGAUGGGAUCGCCGCGACGGCCCCAUUCGCCUGAAUGCCGACGCCAUGAACCAUUGGCUCCGCCUGCGCCACGCCUUCCCCGCCCCGCGCACCGACGGCCUGCUGAGGCUCGAGACCAGGCACAGCCUUUCACACCGCCGGCUCCACGCCGCCGCACAGAUCACCAAGGGACCCCUCGCCCCAGGAGCCAUCGAGGUCAACCCCUACUGGGCCACCUACAACCGGUCCUGGGUGGUGGCCAGGGGCAGGCUCCCCCUCGACGCCAAGCUCGGCGCGUGCUGGGAUGGCACUCCCCACGUGGAGGUGGGAGUGGGCAGCCUGCCCAUCAUCGCGAUCGCAGCGGCCGGCAUGCUGGUGGCCGGCAAGCCCAUCCGGGUGACGCGCAAGGAGCUGGAGCUGGAUGCCGGGGUCCAGCGUGUGGGCAGGGCCCUGGAGCUGAGCCUGGGCCAGCUCAGCGCGGUGUUGCGAGUUUCCCAGUGA